AACGGAUGACUUCAGUUUCGAGCCUCUCGAGGUCCCGCUCCACCGGUGCCUGAGGAGCUCUCGAGUGCCAGAGAGGGCGGACGGCUUUUGAAGUGUGUGUGUGUGCGUGCGUCUGUGUGUCUGUGCACCGCAGCUCUCGGCGGUGACACGUUCUCUGCUCCUGUGGGGCGAACUUGUUUCGGUGUGUCUUAUAUAUUGUCGGUAUAUCUCGGUAUUUCAGUUUUUUUUUUAAUUGAAAGUGAGUUCAGGACUAACAUUAGAGCUGCGUGUGGAGUAUGGGUACAACUGCCAGUGCCGCGCCACACCCUCCUGCAGUGCAUGAGGGCGUCCACGGCAACGGCAACGGCAUGGCGGACAGCAGGCAAUCCCUGAGUGUCAGCUCGCUCCAGACGGUCAGCAUCCACAACAACAAGGCAAAGUCCAUCAUCACCAACAAAGUAGCACCGGUGGUCAUCACGUAUAAUUGUAGGCAAGAGUUCCAGAUUCACGAUGACCUUCACAAAACCAAUUACAAAGUGGGCAGAAUUUCCGACACCAUGCCUGAGCACUAUUUGGUGCAGGGGAACUACUUCAUGGUGCAGGACGUGUACAGCAAGGCAGAUGUUUUGAACACUACAGCGAGUCAUGGAGCUCCCAACUUUCGCCAAGUCAAGGGCAGCUACCCACUCUUUGGCAUGGGACAGCCCAGCCUCAAUGGCUUCAAACAGGUCCUCCAGAGGCUGCAGAGCCAAGGCCACGAGGAGAUCAUUUUCCUCUGCGUGCGCGAAGAACCGGUGGUGUUCCUGCGCCUGGCGGACGAUUUUGUCCCGUACACACCCCGCCGGAAGGAGAACCUCCAUGAAAACCUCCACAGCCUGGACAAGGAGCUGACCGCCGAGGCACUGGAGGUGACCAUCAGGAAGGAGCUGCAUGACUUUGCCAAACUGAAUGAAAAUGUGUUCUUCGUCUACAACGACAUCGAGCACUUCAAGGACGAGCCUCAGAAAAUCUCCAUCUCUUGUGACGAGGACAUCCACAUAACGGAGGAGGUCUACAAGAGGCCCAUCUUCACCAUGCCUGCCUACAGGUAUCAGAGAUUGCCCCUGCCAAUGGAAGGAGCUCCCCUCGAAGCAGAAUUUGAUGCCUUUGUGAACAUUCUCAGGGAGACGCCCAGCCUCUCACAGCGAUGCGACCCCUCCAAGCCCCUGCCGGCCCUCGUCUUCAGCUGCCAGGUGGGCGUCGGACGCAUCAACCUGGGCAUGAUCCUUGGCACACUGGUCCUGAACCACCUUAGCCCCGACUCACCUGCACCUGAGCAGCCAGAGGCCGUCGAGGCUGAGGAAGUGAGACCACUCUUCCGAGCGAUUCAGGCGUUAAUCAGCAGGCUGCCGAGCGGACAGCAGAUCCUGGAGGAGGUGGACCGUGCCAUUCUCCUGUGCUCAGAGAUGCACAACAUCAAAGAGGCCAUUUACGAAAACAAGAAGAAGCUGGAGGGGAUCGGAGAGGAUUACCAGUUUCAGGGAGGCAGCACAAAGGACUACUUCCUUCACCGAGCCCUGCAGAGCCUGGAGCGCUACUUCUACUUGAUCGUUUUCAACGCUUAUCUCCAUGAGCAGUACCCGCUGGCGUUCGCGUCCAGCUUCAGCCAGUGGAUGUGUGCCCACCCGUGGGUGUACCGGCUGCUGGCACGCAUGAAUCUGUCGGAGCUCUGCACGCCCGCUGACCUGGUUACCAAGGGCACCAGAGUACUGGUGUCUGAGGACUACUUGGCCCCAGAUGUCCUGAGCACAAUGAAGGAGAUGAAAGUGGCCAACUUCAGGCGGGUCCCUAAGAUGCCCAUCUACGGCAUGGCCCAGCCCACAUCAGAGGCGACGGGCACGGUGCUGGCCUACCUGACGGACGAGAAGCGGAAGCACAGCCGCGUGCUGUGGGUCAGUCUGCAGGAGGAGCUGGUGCUGGAGGCCAAUGGGUGUGUCUACUCACCGCGCGAGCCCAGCUGCCUAGAGCAGCACAUCCCCGUGCCGGCCCCUGCCGGACAACCACAGCUCAUCGAGAAACAGGAGACGGCGCUGAAGGAAGAGGUGUUGGCGGCACAGAAGUGGCUGGAGGUGACGAUGGAGCAGGAGAAGCAGAUGAAGAUGUUCAAGAGCUGCCUGACGCCACAGGAGGUUUUCAACCAGCACAAGGCCACGCACCAGGGCCUGCAGUACCGCCGAGUACCACUGCACGACUGCUGUGCACCACGGGAAGAGGAUUUUGACCAGCUCCUCGAGGCCAUGAAGAGCAGCCUAGCGGAGGACCCGCGCUCUGCGUUCGUCUUUAACUGCUCCAACGGGAAAGGCAGGACCACCACGGCCAUGGUCACCGCCGUGCUCACGCUCUGGCACUUCAAUGGCUUCCCAGAAUUUGCCGAUGAUGAGAUUGUGAGCGUCCCUGAUGCCAAGUACACAAAGGGGGAGUUUGAGGUGGUGAUGCAGCUGGUGAGGCUACUGCCCGACGGGCACCGCAUGAAGCGGGAGGUGGAUAUGGCGCUGGACGGCGUCAGCGAGACCAUGACACCCAUGCACUACCACCUGCGUGAGGUCAUCAUCUCCACCUACAGACAGAUCAAGAGUGGCAAACCUGAGAAGGAGAGCCAGCAGCUGCUGUUGCAGAGUCUGCAGUACAUGGAGCGCUACAUGUACCUGAUCCUCUUCAACACCUACCUGCACCUGGAGAAGAAGGACUCCUGGCAGCAGUCCUUCAGCCAGUGGAUGCACCAGGUGGCGUCCCGGGCAGGCAUUUACGACCUUCUCAACCGUCUGAGCUUCUCCGAGUUCGAGAACCCAAGGGACUCGCCACUCGCCAGCCUGCGUCGCCGCUGGCAACAGCAGAACGCUCAGUCGCUGCCUUUUCGUGGAGAGUUCAUCUGAGCGAGAAGCUGAGCUUGGGAACUGUCCGAAGAAAAAAAAUGUCUCUCUCCCCUUAAUUUUGCAAAAAGCAGUCUCUCUUUUUUAACAAUGUUGCUUUUUAAGAAGCUGUUCUCUUGUGUUUUAGUUUAUUUCUGUUCACUACUGGUAUGAUUUUUUAAAGAUGUUUAAUAUGAAGGACUGUUUUUAUGUUUCUAUAACCUGCCAUUUUGUGAAGAGCUAUUUAAUUUGCUUACAUGCAUUUAGCCUCUGUCUUAGCUGUUAACAUUUGAUUUAAUACUUUUUCUUCUGUCAUUUCAAUGUACAUCCCAUUUCACAAUUCACUGCUGCUACCUAGGAGCAGUUUUGAAGAAGAUGAUAAUUCCAGGUUUUAUAGAAAGAAAAAUGAAUGAAACAAAAUCACUCCAACAGAGUCUGAUAUGACCAUUUUUGGCCCGCACAACAGGAUGUACACCUACACUCUGUACCAUGAUUGAAACCCCAAACGUGUGUGUGGGGAGUCCAAGUGUGGUGAGCUCUGCUUCCGUCCUGGAAUUCCUGUUCCAUCUCGAGCUUUUGUUUAUGAGCAAAUUACAAGACACAAAAAAAGAGAUUGAGGGUUCCAACCUUCAGAGAUUUGGGACUGAUACUUGUGGUCUGCCCUAUUCGGUGUGUCUGAAUGUGUCUCUGAUGAUCGUAGAGCACAUUUGCUUCUGACGAUCGCACAUUACAACAGUGGUUAUUGCUGUACGUACUAAGUGAAUAGAGACGAUGAAGUCAUGCAACAUUGCAGUAGGAUUUGGCUAAAUUAAAGAAAUGGUAAUGACUGUGGUUAUUCUAUAAAACGAUUGCUGUACAGCAUCAUCAUUAGCAUGAACUCUGCCCUUUAAUCCAUGGGAACCCUUCUGCUUUGUGAUUGGUUUAGGCUUUGCUCUCUGGAGGUUGCUCUGGAGAGAUUUCAUGAUGUACAAACUAUGAGUCUAUGUGUAGUUGACCUACGACAGGAGCCCAUAGCGAGAUCAGUAAUUAUGGUAAUUGUCUCCACAUUUAAGAAUCAUGUGCAGGGACUAAUUUCCUCUUCACCUUUGAAUUAUGAACACACACACACCACAUCUGUAAUAGCUUGUAAAAAAAAUCCUUUAAAGUACAGUGCUGACAUUAUUUUAAUGAUUGUCAACAUUAUGUAGUACAUGAGAAAAGCCCAACCUCUCUGCUCUGAGCUCAUCGUUGGACUCCCACCGCUUAAACUCGUAUUAAACCAACACACAAAUUGGAAAACGGGCAACGAAAAAGAACCUCAGACACAAAUACCUUCUGUGUCAGAAAUCCUUUUUCCCAUGGGAGUCUUUCCAGGCCUGCUCUCAAUAAAAUGUGGGGGUAUAUUACACAGCCAUAAGGAGAUGUCUUAAAGGGCUUGCAGAGAUGCUGGUGUUGAUUACUCACCGUCUUCUGGCCUCAAACAAACCCGUUCUGUGUGAUGUCAUAUCGCGGCCCCUAUCUUGAGAUUCUAGAGGGCAACAUUUGUAUUAUUUUUUUUAUCCUAGAUCCAGAUGCUGUUGAGUGGGCACUGUAUUCUGGAAUAACCCUAGCCAAAUGAAUGGUGAUAUUUACGUGAUGUUUUUGAUCAAGAAAGAACAUGCCCUUGUGGAUAUGCAUUAGUGAUAUAGGUGCCAUUACGUCAUUGUUAAGCAUUUGUUUUGGUCAAAGUACAUUUCUAUUAAGUUUUGUAGUAUCAGUCUCCACAUUUCUGAGAAAAUAUGCUUCAUACAGGCAGUGUAACAAUACAUUUCAUUGAAGUCUUUCAUCUCAGUUGACAUAUUAACAUUUGCAUACUGUCAUCACAUGUAUUAAUUUAAGUCCCGUGGUAACAUUUCCUGUACCUGUAUGUAAUAAAUGUAAAUGUGAGUUAUAACUAUAAAAAUCUGUACAAUGCAUUGCUGUCUGAAGUAUUGCACGUAUACCACAUUACAGUGGCUCAUUCCCUCCACUCAGCAGUCACAACAUUUUGUGCCAACAGGAGAAACAUGCAAGUUAUCAACCACUUCCUAUUGUUUCAUUCCUUGCAUUUGUUGAAGAUGCAUAACUUCAGCCCAUCCCUCUGAUCACCUAUGUCAUCAGGUUGUGUGCGUUACCUUUUCGUCUGCAUGGCUUGACUUGUAGAGCUCAAGACUAGGGCCUAGAGUAAACCAGGUCAUGCAAGGACAGCAACCACUUGCACUUUGUUCGUGACUUGAAUGAAGUAUGAGAGGUGAUGUCAGGAAUAGACCUCAAAUGUGAAAGAAUGUUUAAAAUCACUAAAUUGUGGAGUAUUGUGUGAAUGAACUUGCACAGAUUAAGUCACUGAAGUCCAUAAAAAGAUGACUGUGAUUUUUAUUUUUUUGUUUUGUUUAUACAACAGGUUCUUUCAUCGCGUGUUUUAAGUAGCCUUAUAUCUAGCCAUCGCUUGCCGCAAUAAUCUACUUGAUUGCUUUUCUUAUCUUUUUAGUUUUAAUUGGUUAAAUGCUUUAGGCAUACUGUCAGUUUUUGAUACUUGAUGAAUACAGAGAGUACAGCUAAAUGUUUAAUAAUUAAUUGUAGAGGUAUUUUUUAAUGUACCUUUUGCUGUAUGUGUCUUUCAGUGAUUUAUUCAUUAUAAGUUCUGCAUGUACAUUUGUAAUUUAGAGAUCAUAAUUUGAUACUGUAGUUUUGAAUAUAUCUAAAAUUCUCUUGCAAUGUCAUCUUUGUUUUACUUAACUAAUGACCAAAUUUAAAAAUAUUCAAGCUGUAUUCUCACUGAUUAAUAUCAUAAUAAACAUGUUUCAUAA